UUCAUCACUAGUUUCCCUCGCCUUUACGCACCAUCAUCCUCUUCACUCCAGCUGGAAGCUCCACCUAAGAAGGAUACAGCAGGACUUUCUAGGUCUGCGCUACGAGAUAAAAGUUCUCAACAAGCAGCUAGUUUUUUAAUUUCCCCCACAUGACACGCCAGAAGCAGAUGCAAAUGCUCAAAGAAGACAUCUGGUGAACAUCUGCGUGACCGACUCACCAUGAACGCGACGAUUUUCAACAGCACUCUGUUUGCGCACGGCGCUCUCCUCAACAGCAGCCAGCAGCUCGCGGGCACGCUCGUGGACGAGGUGAGCGCGAGCGACGGCGGCGCCGGCGCAGGUGGAGGCUCUCUGGCGCUCGAGCCGGACGAGCGCAAGUUGUUCGUGACGCGCGCCGUGCAGAUCGCGGUGCUGUGCGUGCUCUCUCUCACGGUUGUCUUCGGCAUCUUCUUUCUCGGCUGCAACCUCAUGAUCAAGUCCGAGAGCAUGAUCAACUUUUUAGUGAAAGAGCGGCGACCGUCCAAAGACGUCGAAGCGGUGAUGAUCGGACUUGGGUAACUGCAGCGAGCACGAGGACAGAUCGGUGCAUCCGGGGCGGAGGCUCGCCGCGCGCCUGGUUUCAUGUUGCGCCGCGCGCGGAUAUGCAACUCGUUCGCUUCGUCGUUUUCGUUUGUCGAGGAAAAGCUGAACGAGACUUUCAAGUGUCUUUCAAAGUCUCAUUCAUUACAGUGACUCUCGCAGAAAUGGAAUUUGCACGCUGAAAAUAUUAAGAAUGUAUCGAUGUAUAUUUAUAAAUGUUUAAGUUUUUAACAAAAAAAUUAAUUACUAUUAUGUUUUAAUUAAAUAUUCUAGCAUUUUUGUUGCAUUCGGGUUGUUUACCCUAAACAGUGAAAAUACUGUAUGUUUACAAGGUUUUUACCUCAAGUGCAUAAAAAAAAGAGAGCGAACUAUUAAAACUUCCAAAAAUGCAUGCAGCUGAAUUGGAUAAGUGUAGCCUAUGCAUCUGUUUGUAUUUUCAAAUAAUAUUUAAGUGUAUUUUUUUCGCACGGUUGGACAACAUAUUUAUCAUCAUUAAUAUUUGCACGUUUUUCCUAUACGAGUCUUUGCUGGAGAUUUCAGCAUGUGCGAUGCUCUUUCUGAGUUUUCUGUCUUGCACUUCAUGAAACUUGAGUGCUGCUGCAUGAACUGUUUUGUACAUAACUAACUUGAAACUUGAACUAAUUGUCCAUAAAUUGAAACCUUGCAUUGUUGCUUUAAUAUUUCAUCUUUUAAAAUAUAUAUUAUUUGAUAACAGUAUCUGGCCCACGUUCCAACACUCUUGAUGAUUGUUUACAGAUUUCUGUAGCUACUCUAUUAACAUUUUAACCUAAUUAGAAUUAUAACAAUAAUAUAGGCUAAUUAUUUAAAAAUGACACAUAAUCAUACAUGCAUUUAAUACCUGAAUUAUAUAUUGUAUUUUAAAAACUGAAUAAAGAUUUGUG